AGCGGCUCCCACAGAAAAAAAAAAAAAGACUAGACGGGCAGACAUCAUUUCUCUCUCAGCGCCACUGGACUUGUAUCCGAGACGACGACCAAAAGACAAUUAAAACAAGGAUUAAGCAGUCAAAUUAACCCAACUCGCCGUCAAAGUAGACAUGGCCGACGCCGCUGUUGACACCACCGCGACUGCAGAGGUUACAGCCAAGGAGCUGAAAGAGAAGAAAGAAGUUGAAGUAGAGAAAAAGGAAGAGAAGGAGGAUAAGACUGACAACGGGGACGCACCUGCUAAUGGAACUAAUGGUGCUAACCACAGUGACAAAGUUGAGGAUGCCACAGAGGAAGAAGAACACAAGAAUGGAGAUGGGAAAGCAGAGGAAGAGGCGCCCCCUGCUGAGGAGACGGAUGCACAGCCUGUGAAGCGUGCUGCCGAUGAUGAAGAGGAGGAGGAGAAAGCAGACACCAAAAAACAAAAGACUGAAGAGAAUGGAGACUCAAAAGAAGCAGAAGUGGAGGCUUAAAAAUGGCUGUUUUGUAUGCAGCUCAGUCUUACUGGUCAACAUGGUGUUGUAGAGCUUGUGCUUCUUUCUUUCUUCCCUCCCCCCUCCUCUAUUUUUCUCCCAUGUUCUCACGUUGCACUGGAGUUGUGAAACAUUGUGGCCCUCUUUUUUUCUUUACUGUUAUUUAUUGGUCUUUAAAAUGAGUUUUUUUUUUUUUUUUUUUUUUUUUUUUUUUUUUUUGUAUGUGUGUGCAAAACGGGGCCAUGCUAUGAGAUGAGUUGUUUUCCAUUUCCUUGCUUCUGUUUGUAAGCACAACCUCUAUCAAGUCAGCUCUGACCAGCCGAUGCUCAAAAGUUCAGGCAGCUGCUCAUGUUCACUUCAAUGACCAAAGAUAAGUUUUAAGCAGGGGCUAAUAAUAAUAAUAAUAAAGGAUGCUAUUAGUUUGAUGCUUAAUCAUUUGUUGGUGUUUAAGCUGCUAGUUAAUCCUCGGCCGCCCCGUCCGCCUAACAGAUGGUGCUCAUGAUAUGAAGGGCCUCCACACCACUGCCAUUUUGGUGGAGGCGAACUUUCUGUUGUUCCGGCAACCUUAAUUAACCCCUCUUAAAUCUUAGUGCUUUGGUCUCGUUUGUUCUGUAUGCAUUCCACGCAGGUUUGUACCAUUUAUACUUUUUUUUUUUUUUUGGUCAUUUUCUUACAGAGUUUACAUUUAUGGCUGGGUAACCUGCUUUUGUGUCCAAGACUGCCUCUCUAACAACCAGCUGUGACAUCUGGUUACUUCAGCCACUGCUUUGUAUAUUCUCAAACAAAUAAAAUGUCUUUUUACUUA